AUGAAAGGUACCAUUUCGUAAAGCAACAAUUUCGUAAACGGGUAGGUAGAGAAGUAGGCACUAGCAGCCGAACUAAAGCGUGAGAUUGUGAAGCCGAGAGGGUCGCGACAAAGCGGCUCAGAGGCUCAGACCCGGGCUUUGAACAUAGCCUUCAACUCCUCCACUUCGCGGUGGUGCUGGAGAGAGGAAAGUGAAGCCAUGCCGGAGGAGACGACGGCGAUCGAUUACGUGAUGGAGGCAGCUUCCGGUCCUCACUUCUCCGGCCUCCACCUUGAAGGUCUCCUUUCUUCCCCUCCUUCUGCUACCUCUUCGCCUUCCGCGGCCGCUUCUGCUACUUCUUCGUUCUCUGCAACCCUACCUGAUGGCGCUGCAAAACAGCCCUUCGUCAUUGGAGUUUCAGGAGGUACAGCUUCAGGAAAGACUACUGUCUGUGACAUGAUCAUUCAACAACUCCAUGAUCACCGAGUUGUGCUUGUCAACCAGGAUUCUUUUUACCGUGGCUUGACUGCUGAAGAAUCAGAACGUGUACAUGAGUAUAAUUUUGAUCAUCCUGAUGCUUUUGACACUGAACAACUUCUAGAGUGCAUUGGAAAGCUCAAAUCUGGGCAAUCUGUCCAUGUACCAAUAUAUGAUUUUAAGAAUCAUCGUCGAUGUUCAGGAAGUUUUCGGCAGGUAAACGUAUCUGAUGUAAUUAUCCUGGAGGGAAUUCUUGUUUUCCAUGAUCAACGUGUACGCAACUUGAUGAACAUGAAGAUUUUUGUUGACACAGAUGCUGAUGUGAGGCUUGCCCGUAGAAUAAGGCGUGACACAGUUGAGCGGGGUAGGGAUGUAAAUUCUGUUCUUGAGCAGUAUGCAAAGUUUGUCAAGCCCGCUUUUGAUGAUUUUGUUAUGCCAUCAAAGAAGUAUGCUGAUGUGAUCAUACCCCGGGGAGGGGAUAAUCAUGUUGCCAUUGAUUUGAUCGUGCAACAUAUCCACACAAAACUUGGUCAGCAUAAUCUCUGCAAAAUUUAUCCCAAUGUAAAUGUUAUUCAAUCUACAUUCCAGAUAAGAGGUAUGCACACACUGAUUCGGGACCAUGAAAUAUCAAAGCAUGAUUUUGUUUUCUAUUCAGAUCGUCUUAUUCGACUGGUUGUGGAGCAUGGCCUUGGCCAUUUGCCAUUUACUGAGAAGCAAGUAGUCACUCCAACAGGAUCAUUAUAUACUGGGGUUGACUUUUGCAAGAAACUAUGUGGAGUUUCUAUUGUCCGAAGUGGUGAAAGUAUGGAGAAUGCAUUACGUGCAUGUUGCAAAGGAAUAAAAAUUGGAAAAAUUCUGAUUCACCGUGAUGGAGAUAAUGGGAAACAGCUCAUAUAUGAGAAACUUCCCAAGGACAUUUCAGAACGGCAUGUCCUGCUUCUGGACCCAGUUCUUGCUACAGGGAAUUCUGCUGGCCAAGCAAUUGAACUACUCAUUCAGAAAGGAGUUCCAGAAUCUCAUAUAAUAUUCCUAAACCUCAUCUCUGCGCCUGAGGGAAUCCAUUGUGUUUGCAAACGGUUCCCAUCCCUGAAAAUUGUGACUUCAGAGAUUGAUGUUGCAUUGAAUGAAGAGUUCAGGGUGAUACCAGGCAUGGGGGAGUUUGGUGACCGGUACUUCGGCACUGACGACUGAUGAUAUGACGGUGUGGAUUUCAAAGGAAUCUGGUUGUAUGAAUUGUUUUAACUAUAUAUAACUGGAUGGAGGAACAUGUCUGCGAAAUGAAGUGUUCCCCCCAAAAGCUUUGUCAGGCGUUCAGAAAAUAUGAAUAAGAAUAUUGAAGCAAACAAAUUGAGUUGGAGAUGGUUGCUAUGAAUGGUUUCUCCUGCAAUGAGAUGGUAGUGGAUGCAACCAAUACAUCUUCUUUAUUACAUGCCUGAAUACUAAAUGCAAUUUAUAAACCACAAUUGAAUUUUGUUGGUGCACCAUAUGAGAUGCCAAUUUGUUUUGGUUAUUGAUAUUCUUCUAUAAUACAUAUGGAGCUUAGGAUUUUUUUUAUUUUUUUAUUUUCUUGAGAUGAUUUUUGUCAAUGUCCAAAUUGAGCAAAGUUUGGAUGGUUGGUUUAA